AUGUAUAAUCAACUUCGAAGUCAACACCAUAACACCAUUGUAGCUGAUCACCUGUCAAGGGAUGGCAUAAGCUGGAAAUUUAUCCCUCCUGCAGCCCCACAUUUUGGAGGCUUAUGGGAGGCAGGUGUAAAAUCUGUCAAGACCCACAUCAAACGUGUUAUUGGUGAGAACAAGUUGACAUACGAAGAGAUGUACACGUUACUAGCAAAAAUCGAAGCUCUGCUGAAUUCGCGUCCCAUGUGGCAUGUAUCAGAUAGUGAACCAACUGCAUUGAGUCCAUCACAUUUUAUGAUUGGGGAACAAUAUGUUGCAGUUCCUCAAUCAAAUAUUUCAAAUAAUUGUAUUAAAACUAAUUGGUUUGCUUUACAGACUUUACUCCAAGGCUUCUGGAAGCGAUGGCAUCAGGAAUAUCUGACAUCCCUUCAACAUAGAAAAAAGUGGCCAAAACUUAAAUUGAAUCUUCAAGUUAACGAUAUCGUUCUUCUCAAAGAGCCAAACCUGCCACCCUCCAAAUGGAUUAUUGGUCGUAUCUCGCAAAUACAUCCUGGAAAUGAUAAUGAAGUCAGAGUCGUCACUGUUCACACGAAUUUUGGCAACUACACUCGUCCAAUAUCUAAGGUAGCUCCACUUCCUAUCACUGAAAGACCGGAGUCUUCCAGGGGGGGCUGA